AUGGAGAAAACUGAAGCAAUACUGGAGACUCAACACAUUUCUGAGGCAUCUGAUUCUCUAUUCUCGUCAUUAGAUAUUUUCUUAGUUGCUUUGAUUGUGGGAGGAAUUAGUUGGUACUUCAUAAAUAAAUACAAGAAAACUACCACAGUAACAAGCGAGAGGUCAUAUUCUAUAUCGCCCUCACCCAUAACAUUAGAAAAUCCAUCGGACAGUUCGUUUAUAAAGAAAUUACAAAGUUCUGGAAGGAGUCUGGUCGUAUUUUAUGGAAGCCAAACAGGAACAGCAGAAGAAUUUGCUGGCCGGUUAGCCAAAGAGGGAGCCAGAUAUAGGUUAAAGGGUAUGGUAGCAGACCUUGAAGACUAUGAGAUGGAAGAACUAGUUAAUUUGAAAAACAUCCCGAACUCUCUGGCAGUUUUCUGCCUAGCUAGCUAUGGUGAAGGUGAACCAACUGACAAUGCUAGGGAAUUUUGUGAUUGGUUACAAAAUAGCGAACCUGACCUCAAAGGACUGACCUAUACUGUUUUUGGACUAGGAAAUAAGUCAUAUGAAUAUUAUAAUCGAGUAGCUAUCAACGUAGACAAACGACUCAAAGAACUAGGUGCUACAAGAAUUUACGACCUUGGACUUGGAGAUGAUGAUGCGAACAUCGAAGACGACUUCAUUACAUGGAAAGACCAAUUCUGGCCUACCGUUUGUGAAUAUUUUGGCAUCGAACCCACAGAAGAAGAAAUCAACAUGCACCAAUACAGGCUCGAAGAGUUCGAGGAAGCUCCAGACAAGGUGUUUGUCGGAGAAAUGGCUAAGUUGGAUUCGUUGAAGAAUCAAAAACCGCCUCACGACGCCAAAAAUCCCUUCCUGGCCAAAGUCAAAGUGAACCGCGAUCUCAACAACAGCGACCGUUCCUGCUUGCACAUCGAGUUCGACAUCAAGGGAUCGAAGAUGCGAUACGAUUCUGGCGACCAUAUUGCCGUCUAUCCGACGAAUGAUUCGGAGCUGGUCGAGAAGAUCGGCAAGCUGUGCGCCAAGAACCUGGACACCAUUUUCACGCUGAUCAACAAUGACGAGGAGUCGAACAAGAAGCACCCGUUCCCGUGUCCUUGUUCUUAUAGGACGGCGCUUACGCACUAUUUGGACAUCACGCAGAAUCCGAGGACGCACGUCCUCAAGGAGUUAGCAGAGUACUGCACCGAUGAAGCAAACAAGGAAAAGUUGAGGCUGAUGUCCAGCACUACUCCCGAGGGAAAGGCUCUCUAUCAGUCGUGGAUCAUCGAGGACAACAGGAGUGUCGUUCACGUGAUCGAGGAUAUGCCUUGUUGCCGGCCCUCUUUAGACUAUCUCUGUGAGCUCCUGCCAAGACUACAGCCUAGGUUCUAUUCGAUAUCCUCGUCUGCCAAGCUAUACCCUGACACCGUUCACAUCUCCGCCGUUGUGGUCGAGUACGAUACGCCCACAGGCCGGCACAAUAAGGGUGUGGCCACCACUUGGCUGAAGGAGAAGGUCCCGGAUCCGGAAAAAGAGGCGCCCGUCGUUCCUGUCUUCAUCCGCAAGUCGCAGUUCAGACUGCCGACCAAACCCGAGACGCCCAUUAUCAUGAUCGGUCCCGGCACUGGUUUGGCUCCCUUCCGUGGUUUCAUCCAGGAGCGUAAUAUCUGCAAGAGCGAGGGCAAGCCUGUGGGCGAGACGGUCCUGUACUUCGGGUGCCGGAAGCGCAGCGAGGACUUCAUCUACGGCGACGAGCUGCUCGAGUACGAAAAGAACGGGCUGCUAACGCUGCAUCUGGCCUUCUCCAGAGAUCAGCCGCACAAGGUUUACGUGACGCAUUUGCUGCAGCAGCAUGCCGAUGAAGUAUGGCGGGUGAUCGGAGAGAAUAACGGGCAUUUGUACAUUUGCGGAGAUGCUAAAAGUAUGGCUGUCGAUGUGAGAGUUAUUUUAACGAAAAUUCUACAAGAAAAGGGCCAGAUGACUGAACAAGAAGCCGUUGCUUUUUUGAAGAAAAUGGAAACGCAAAGACGAUACUCCGCCGAUGUGUGGAGUUGA